GUCUAAGUCUCCAUAUGAUUACCUAUGUAAUUCCCAACAAAUAAGUUGGCCAGUCAUUACUUUAUGUGUAAAUUUAUUUCUUCUUUAUUUUAAUAUAAUUUAGAACAUUUUACAUAUUGUAACGUACCUACUAUUUAAAAAUACAUGUUACAUUUAUUUGAAGUUUUGAAUAUAUCUUUGAAAAUAAAAUUGAGACCUUAACAUAGAUCCAGCAACCAUUGAAUCAAUCUCAUCAACAAUUAACCGUAAAAUAAAUUAUGUUGCAUAUAAAUUCAUAUUCAUACGUGAAAAGGUCUUAACUAAUGUUAAAUACCAACCAAUUUUUCCCCUUUUGUUGGUUAAACAUUAAAUUUAUAGCAACAACUUUUUUCGAAAAAAAAAAACGUCAAUAAUUUCAACGUUUUUCUUAGGCAAAAAUUUAAAAGGAACCGCUCAACGCGCGAUUUAUCGGCGCCAUCGUCGUCGCCUGCCGCAGGCCGCUUAAAGAUUACAACUGAAUACGAUUUAUAAUUUACUAUAUUAAGUACUUUUUACUCUCUUGCAUAGAUUCUGUGAUAUCAGUUGAUAUCACUAGUUUGUUUUUUAGUUUUUAUGCCAAAAUGAAUAAUAACAUGGAGGACGCUAAGGAUCUCAAAUGGAAGAUUAUUUUUUUAAUUUUGAAAAUAUCUAAAGUAAUGAAAUGGUUUCAAAAUGGUUCUAAAAAGUUUCAAAUGCUGACAACCCUCAUACUGAUUACUUUUAUAAUGACUGGUUUUUAUGUUCUUAUGUAUAGGAAGUUGGAUGAUGAUAUGUUAAGAAAUAACCCGUUGCAUGUUUUUGAAGAGACUUCGUCCGAUAUCGGCUGUACAUUUCCGAAUUUAGAUCCGUUUUCUGAUGUUGCCAUGAAAUUCAAUCGAGAUUUCCCUAAAAUUGUUUGUAAGGGCAAAGACUGGGUUGUUUGCAAUAUGUCUGAAUGCUAUGUUACUAAAGAAAUACUCGACACUAUGAAGGACAUAUCUUGUACAUACAAAGAUAUAAUUUACGUCGAUGAUCACACAUACACAAUCGCAGAUGGCGUGAAAUUGUUCAACGAUGAGAAAUACGUAUUGAAUCAAAGCGAUUAUUUUAAAGUGUCUUGUUUUGGAUAUGAUAAGAAAGGUUUUAAUCUGCUAUCUCGUAAAUGGCAAGGAUAUAAAGCCGGUAUUCGCCCCAUUUUAACACCUCCGGACAUCUCGUCUGACAGCCUUAAUGUUCUCAUACUAGGCUUCGAUUCGGCUUCAUACAACGGCAUCGUGCGUAAGCUGCCUAAGAGUUAUAAGGUCUUGGUCGAAGAGCUUGGAGCUGUUAUACUAAAUGGAUACAACAUAGUCGGAGAUGGCACGCCAGACGCACUUUUCCCCAUUUUAUCGGGAAAGCAUGAAUGGCAACACCCUAGGGCUAGGCAAACAUUCUCCAAGGACAUUCAUUUGGACCCUGAUUUGUUCAUAUUUAAUACUCUUAAGCAGAAUGGAUACCAAACAGCUUAUUAUGAAGACAUGCCAUGGAUUGGUUCGUUUCAAUACCGAUACAACGGGUUCAAAAAAUCGCCCGCGGACCGUUAUUUGCGGCCGUUUUUGAUGGAAGAAACAAAGGCCGGGUCCAAAUGGUGGCAUGGGAAAAAGGGCCGCUACUGCAUCGGCGAUACGCCGCAGUUUAAGGUGUUAAUGGAUCUGACAUUGCAGUUCUUUAAUGUUCAAGCAAAGAAGUUCUGCUUCACGUUCAUAGCUGAUGUGUGCCAUGAUGAGUUCAACCUCAUAUCGACAGUAGAUGAUGAUUUAGUGGGCUUACUUAGGCAUUUGAAGACGUCAAAUGCUUUGGAAAAUACACUGUUCAUACUCAUGGGAGACCAUGGACCUAGGUUCUCACCAUUGCGUAACACAUAUCAGGGGAAAAUGGAGGAACGUCUUCCGUUUAUGGCCAUAACUUUGCCGGAAAUACUGAAACGGGACCGUCCCAAUGCGAUCUGGACUCUAAGGUCUAACGCCAAAGUCUUGACAACACCUUUCGAUAUACACACAACGAUUUUGGAUGCAAUUGGACUGAAAGAUCACGCAAGUGAUUAUACUGUGCCCAAUGCUAAUAUUUUGCGGGGAUUGAGUUUGCUGGAACCGAUACCGUCCACCCGAAGCUGCGAAGACGCAGGAAUUCUACCCCAUUGGUGUACCUGCACUAAUAGCAAAUGGCAUGACGUAGACAAAAAGGAUCCCAAUUACUCUAGAGUGGCCAACGCAUUGUGCGACUAUAUUAACAACAUCACAUUGGAGAAACGAAGUCAGUGUGCCGAGAGAAAGCUGACAUCAGUAGAGUGGGUUAUAAAACGCGAUGGUCAGAACUCGAAUACUUAUAGGAACUCCGUCUACUACCAACUGGUUAUUAUAUUGAGCCCCGGCAGAGCGAUUUACGAAGCGACACUCCAAUAUCAUACCGGUAACGACUCGUUGGCGGUAACAGAUAACGAUAUCUCGAGAAUAUCUGCGUACGGCAGUGAACCAGCUUGUUUAGAUGACCAAAACCCAUAUUUAAAUAAAUACUGUUAUUGUCUAUAAUAUUUUUUUCCUUAAUAAAGCUCUUAAAUAAU